AAUAUUGUGCUUGUGCCCUUUGCGUAGUUAAAAACUGUGUUAUGUUUAAAGUUUAAAGUUAUUCUAUGCUCUAAGCUUUAUUUUCCAUAGUGAAGUACGUUUAAUAAUCAAGUAGUACAAUUUAUUACAGAAUAGAGUAUACUGUGUAUAGUAAAACAAUUUGAUUCGUAAAAAAUAAUUAAUAUUUUUUUAAAUAUUCUACCUCGUGAGGUAAUAGUUGUGUUAUAAUUGUUGUUACAAUUGUCGUCGAACACAUUUUUAUUCAGUUUUGAAUCGUUUACACCUCAUAUAAAAAAUCCAUCUACAAUGGUUGAUUAUAGCAAGUGGAAGAAUAUUGAAGUGUCUGAUGACGAAGAUGAAACCCAUCCUAACAUUGAUACACCAUCAUUAUUUCGUUGGAGACAUCAGGCUCGUAUUGAACGUAUGGAAGAAAUAAAACGUGAACAACAAGAAUUGGAAAUUAAGAAAAAAACUUUUCAAGAAAAGUAUGAAGAAACUAAAAAUAAACUUCUGACAGUUGGCCAAGAAGGAAAAAAUAAAAAAGAACUUGAAGAAGCAUUAAGCGCUUUAAGUGUUGAAGAAGAAGAAUUAAAAAAACGAGAAGAAGAGUUCAAAGUUAAAGAAAAGGUAAUGCCAUGGAAUGUUGAUACCAUAAGUAAACCUGGUUUUACUAAGACAAUUGUGAACACUCCUAAACCUCCUCCAACUGAAGAAAAUUUGACAGAAGAAGAGAAAGCUAAGCGAUUAGAAACAUUUAUUAAUGAAAAUAAAAGUAAAUUGAAAGUAUUUGGUAUGCUCAGAAAAUAUAAAGACAGUCAAGAAUAUUUACAAAAAAAUCCUCAACUUGUUUGUGAAGAUACUGCAAAUUAUUUGGUUAUUUGGUGUAUUGAUUUACAAAUGGAAGGUAAAUCAGAUCUAAUGGAACACGUAGCACAUCAAACAAUUUGUAUGCAAUAUAUUUUGGAAUUAUCUAGACAACUAAAUAUUGAUCCAAGAGCAUGUGUUCCAUCAUUUUUUUCAAGAAUACAAUUAGCUGAAAAACAGUACAAAGAUUCAUUUGAUGAAGAACUUAACAUGUUCAAAGAUCGAAUUCGAAAAAGGGCUGAGGAAAAGCUACGUAUAGCUCAAGCUGAAAUAGAAGAAGAAGAACGAAAAGCUAGAUUAGGACCAGGUGGUCUUGACCCAGUUGAAGUUUUUGAAAGUCUUCCAGAUGAGUUAAAAAAAUGUUUUGAAUCACAAGAUAUUCAGUUAUUGCAAGAUACAAUUAAAAACAUGAAUCAAGAGGAUGCAACUUAUUACAUGAAGCGCUGUGUAGAUUCUGGAUUAUGGGUACCUGACGCUAAUAAAGAUAAGAGCAGUGCUGAAGAUGAUGAUAAACCACAAGAAGAAAAUAUUUAUUCUGAGAUAGACAGCUUAUAAAAUAAUCUUAUAUUAUCCUAUUCAUUGAUUAACUUAUA